UUACGCGUGUGCGUAUCUAGUUUUCGCGUUUCGUUCGUUCGGUCGGUAUAUCGUGGUUCGCGUUCGCGUAUUCGUUAUCAGGACGAUUGUCAACGGCCACUGUGACGACAGAUUAUCUCCUCCUCGGUUGAGUAAUUCUCAAACUGUGAUUUGCAUAUCAACGGAGCGACGCCGGUCCAGGACGAUGCCGGAGACGUAAAGGACGCGACGAAAGCGUCUGCGACAGGAUGAUGCAGAAAUGGUGACGGUCUUCGAUAUUCAACGACCGGGCGUUCGUCCUGUGGGAGACAGAGACCAGAAUUAAGGAUGGCCUUUCAGUGGGAGAAGCUCUCACCAGCGGAAUUCCAACAGCUCCAGGAUUUGGCAGCUUAUUCCACGCGAAAGCUACAGGAUGUCCUCACGGAAUUUUGCGGAUCGAACACAACGCCCAGCGGUGCGCCGAAAUAUCAUCCGGAUGGGGACAUCGAUUACGAGGGAUUUCGAAAAUUUCUGGACACUUAUCUCGAAUGCGAAACCCCCGACGAACUUUCGCGGCGCCUUUUCCUUUCGUUCGUUAAGAAGGUGCCACGCGGAGUGGAUGGGAAAGCUUUUAAGGAAAUGGCCGUGUUAUCGUCUACAACCGCCUGUGCCGCUAUCACGUCCCACACGACGUCCAGCAGCAACGUGAACAGCACCGGUUUGCCUGGUGGGACAUCGACAGAAAGCCACGGUGGUUCUUCCUUGGCUGACAAAAUUCACGGUCUCACAGAGAAGUUGCAAGCUUUGGGACACCACAAAACGGAAAGCGAUGCCUCCAGGGCUCGUACAGGAAGCGUCCAUCCCAUACUGAUGAUACAACACACUUCGUACAGCUGUCACGACGUCAUCGAGAAGAAGAGCACCGACAGCAGCCCCAGUCACAGCCAAAUGUCGCGGAAUUCGUCCAGGAAGUCGAACAAUUCCCUGCUCGUCAACAACGGGAAAUUGGAAGAGAUGAGACAUCUCGUCAGAAAGCAGAGUACGAUAGACGUUCAUUCGGUUAAAGUCAGCUUGAAGGAUAUCGUCUGUUAUCUGUCUCUUCUGGAGGCUGGCAGACCGGAAGACAAAUUGGAAUUCAUGUUCCGGCUGUACGACACAGAUGGAAACGGCGUUCUUGAUACCAACGAGAUGGACUGCAUUGUCAAUCAGAUGAUGAAUGUCGCCGAGUAUCUUGGAUGGGACGUCUCGGAAUUGAAACCGAUACUGCAAGACAUGAUGGUAGAAAUAGACUACGACGCUGAUGGCACCGUGUCCCUGGACGAAUGGAAAAGGGGUGGUUUGACGACGAUCCCGUUGCUGGUGCUCCUAGGUUUGGAUUCGCACGUGGAAGAGGACGGGAUUCACCUCUGGAGGCUGAAGCACUUUAGCAAGCCCGCCUACUGCAAUCUUUGUUUGAAUAUGCUGGUCGGUCUCGGCAAGAAAGGAAUUUGUUGUGUCUUUUGCAAGUACACGGUCCAUGAAAGAUGCGUUCAGAGAGCGCCAGCCUCCUGCAUAGCCACCUACGUAAAGAGCAAGAAAACGUCGCAAACAAUGGCGCACCAUUGGGUCGAGGGGAAUUGCCACGGGAAAUGUUCCAAAUGUAGGAAGACGAUCAAGAGUUACAACGGGAUCACGGGCCUGCACUGCAGAUGGUGUCAACUGACUUUGCAUAACAGAUGCGUCUCGCAAGUCAAAGCGGAAUGCACCCUCGGCGAGUAUGCAGUUCAUAUCCUUCCACCUACGGCGAUUUGUCCAGCCGUCCUGGACAGGCAGAGAUCGUUGUCGCGGGACAGCAAAAGGGGAAGCAAGCACGGUCAGGAUUCAUCGUCCGUUAGCUCCGGUGGAUUCUUAACAUCUAGCAACGCCUCCAACCAGCAGCCAGCGAUGUCCUUCCAAAUCACACCACCUCCCGGCAUAGUGCCGCUGUUAGUCUUCAUAAACCCAAAAUCAGGAGGCCGACAAGGCGAACGUAUGCUUAGGAAGUUCCAGUACAUCUUGAACCCGCGACAGGUCCACAACUUGGCCAGGGGUGGGCCCAGACAGGCUCUACAGAUGUUCAAGGACGUGGAGAACUUCAAGGUGAUCUGCUGCGGGGGCGAUGGUACCGUUGGCUGGGUUCUGGAGACCAUGGAUCGUGUCCAGUUCGAGCACCAACCCGCCGUGGGCGUCAUACCUCUGGGAACAGGCAACGACCUCGCAAGAUGUCUGCGAUGGGGCGGUGGUUACGAGGGCGAAGCCAUUCACAAAGUCCUCAAAAAAAUAGAGAAAGCGACGUCCGUGAUGAUGGACCGUUGGCAGAUCGAAGUACUGGACCAGACGGACGAGAAGAAACCGAAUCAGGAUAGCAUACCUUACAACAUCAUCAACAAUUACUUCUCUGUGGGCGUCGACGCGGCGAUAUGCGUGAAAUUCCACAUGGAGAGGGAGAAGAAUCCCGAAAAGUUCAACAGCAGGAUGAAGAACAAGCUCUGGUACUUUGAAUACGCGACUACGGAACAAUUCGCUGCCAGCUGUAAGAAUCUUCACGAGGAUCUCGAGAUCAUUUGCGACGGAACUCCGCUGGAUUUGGCCCACGGUCCAUCCCUUCAAGGAGUCGCGUUACUGAACAUUCCUUUCACUCAUGGAGGCUCGAAUCUCUGGGGUGAACACCACUCGAGGCACCGCCUGGGCAAACGGAAAAAACGACCGGACAAAGAACUCAGCACCAGUAGCUUCAAUUCCGUAGAUCUCACAGCCGCGAUACAAGAUAUCGGUGACAAUCUCAUAGAGGUGAUCGGUUUGGAGAAUUGUCUGCACAUGGGUCAAGUGAAAACAGGACUUCGUCAUUCCGGUAGGAGGUUGGCUCAGUGCAGCAGCGUCACUAUCACCACGAGCAAGCGAUUUCCGAUGCAAAUCGACGGUGAACCGUGGAUGCAAGGCCCUUGCACUAUUCACAUAACGCAUAAAAACCAAGUCCCGAUGCUGAUGGCGCCUCCGCCAGAGAAGGGUCGAGGCUUCUUCCGUUUCCUGAGGAGGUGAACUCCGCCACCCGAAAAACACGUAGCUGAGAAAUCGAAACGAGUGACUCGGUUGACUCGGUUCGCCCUGUCGUAGUCUUGAACGUCGCCCUAUCCCACCCCCUCCCCAUCCCUGGUUUAUCUUCUUUUGAUUAAGUCGUGAACGAGAAGCGCAUCGGUUCAAUCGUACGUUACGUACUUCCAGUGCUUGAGCGCUCGUUCGAGCGGCAAUGAACGAGCUUCGACGUAACUUAGGUAUUCUUGUGUACAGUAUUUUUGAGAAUAAUAAUAACGAAACAAAGCAUCUGUCAUCUUAGAUUUAGAAUCAGCGGUAGGCUCGUCGAUCGUCGCGCUUUACGAAGCCGAUUCAUCUUGUGCGAGGUAAACUUAAUGAUGAAAUAUUGAUUUUUCGCGUACGUGAGAAGCACUGAUCUUCUAUUUCGAACUUGAGCCCAGAGAUGGACCAAAUUCGACUCGAACUAAAAACUAAAUUUUAUAUUCUAUUCCGCUUCUAUUUCUGAAAGCUUUGCUAAAUAUUUGAAUAAUUCUACAAUUCAAAUUGUAAUUUGUAUCGAUCAAGCGUCUCUUAUUUGUUGCUCGACGCUUUUAUCACGAAUUUCGCCCGUCUCUGCUCGAGUCUACCGCUUCACGCGUGCAGGUAUGGUUGUUUUGGAACAAAUGUAGCGAGGCACGACAGGAGUGCUUUUCUCUAUUGAAAAGCUGUCGAUGGAUCCGAAUUAAAUCUCACUUUUAUUUCUCGUCACCCGAACUUCGCUCUCUGAAGUUGUCCCACGCUCGCUAUGUUUCUUCCGUCAAGUAUGCAAGCCUGUACUAUCGCAAUCGGUCGUGUAGACACGACGGAUUGUACGGUAUCAUGCAAAAGAGAAUAAUCUCAUAGGUAACGUUACUGGCUGGCGUAACGAUGAUUUCUUUAAUCGUUGGUUUACCUUGUACAAUGCGUAGAAAUUAGGGGUGUGCGGGAUCCCGGUCGGGACGGGAAUUCCUC